CCAGUUCCCGGCUCCCGCGCAGCAUGCCCGCCAGCGCCCCUCCGCGCCUCCCGCGGUCGCCGUCGCCGUCGCCGCCGUGGCGGCGGCUGCUGCUGUUGCUGCUGGGCCUGGGCGGCCGCUGCCUGCGCGCAGAGCCGGGCGACGGAGCGCAGACCUGGGCCCGCUUUGCGCGUCCCCCCGCCCCGGAGGCCGCGGGGCUCCUGCACGACACUUUCCCCGACGGCUUCAUCUGGGCCGUGGGCAGCGCCGCCUACCAGACCGAGGGGGGCUGGCGGCAGCAUGGCAAGGGCGCGUCCAUCUGGGACACGUUCACCCAUCACCCCUCGGCCACCCCUGGCGACCCUCUGCUUGCUGAGCUGCCGUCGGGCGCCCCGUCGCCUCCCCCACCUGUCACUGGAGAUGUGGCCAGCGACAGCUACAACAACGUCUUCCGCGACACCGAGGGGCUGCGCGAACUCGGGGUCACCCAUUACCGGUUCUCUAUAUCCUGGGCGCGGGUGCUCCCCAAUGGCAGCUCGGAGGCCCCCAAUCGCGAGGGGUUGCGCUACUACCGACGCCUGCUGGAGCGGCUGCGGGAGCUGGGCGUGCAGCCCGUGGUCACUCUGUACCACUGGGACCUGCCCCAGCGCCUGCAGGACGCCUACGGCGGCUGGGCCAGCCGCGCCCUGGCCGACCACUUCAAGGAUUACGCCGAGCUCUGCUUCCGCCACUUCGGCGGCCAGGUCAAGUAUUGGAUCACCAUCGACAACCCCUACGCGGUGGCCUGGCACGGCUAUGCCACCGGGCGCCUGGCCCCCGGCGUCCGCGGCAGCCCGAGGCUUGGGUACCUGGUGGCGCACAACCUUCUCCUGGCUCAUGCCAAAAUCUGGCAUCUCUACAACACUAUCUAUCGACCCACACAGGGAGGGCAAGUAUCCAUUGCCCUCAGUUCCCACUGGAUCAGUCCACGAAGAAUGACAGAGCAUAACAUCCAAGAAUGCCAAAAAUCUCUUGACUUUGUACUAGGCUGGUUUGCCAAACCCUUAUUCAUUGAUGGUGACUAUCCUGAGAGCAUGAAGCAUAACCUUUCAUCUCUUCUGCCCAGUUUUACUGAAUCAGAGAAAAAGUUCAUCAAAGGGACAGCUGACUUUUUUGCUCUUUCCUUUGGACCGACCUUGAGUUUUCAACUUGUAGAUCCUUACAUGAAAUUUCACCAGUUAGAAUCUCCCAGCCUGAGGCAACUCUUGUCCUGGAUUGACCUUGAAUAUAAUCAUCCUUCCAUCUUCAUUGUGGAAAAUGGCUGGUUUGUCUCCGGGAACACCAGAAGAGAUGAUGCCAAAUACAUGUAUUACCUCAAGAAGUUUAUAAUGGAAACCUUAAAAGCCAUCAAGCUGGAUGGCGUCAACAUCACCGGGUACACAGCGUGGUCCCUGAUGGACGGUUUUGAGUGGCAUAGGGGCUAUAGCAUCCGACGUGGCCUCUUCUAUGUCGACUUCUUAAGCCAGGAAAAGAAGUUGCUGCCCAAGUCUUCAGCCUUCUUUUACCAAAAGCUGAUAGAGAACAAUGGCUUCCCUCUUUUACCUGAAAAUCAACCCCUAGAAGGGACAUUUCCCUGUGACUUUGCUUGGGGAGUUGUUGACAACUACAUUCAAGUAGAUACUACUCUCUCUCAGUUUUCCGACCAAAACGUUUACUUGUGGGAUGUCCAUCAUACCAAGAGACUUAUCAAAGUGGAUGGAGUUGUGGCCAAGAGGAGAAAGUCCUAUUGUGUUGAUUUCGCUGCCAUCCGGCCCCAGGUGGCCUUACUGAAGGAAAUGCAUGUUACCCAUUUUCACUUCGCCUUGGACUGGGCCCUGAUCCUGCCUCUGGGGAAUCGGUCCCAAGUGAACCACUCCAUCCUGCACUACUAUCGCUGUGUGGUCAGCGAGUUGGUCCAUGCCAACAUCACACCGGUGGUGGCUCUGUGGCAACCUACAUCCCCACACCAAGGCUUGCCUAGUGCCCUGGCUAAACAUGGCGCCUGGGAGAACCCACACACCGCCCUGGUGUUUGCAGAGUAUGCGGGCCUGUGCUUCAAAGAGCUGGGCCACCAUGUCAAGUUCUGGAUCACGAUGAAGGAACCCAACACAAGGAACAUGACAUACCGAGCCGGCCAUCACCUUCUGAAGGCACAUGCGCUGGCUUGGCGAGUGUAUGAUGAAAAAUUCAGGCACACUCAGAAAGGCAAAAUAUCCAUUGCCUUGCAGGCCGAUUGGAUAGAACCUGCCUGUCCUUUCUCCCCGAAAGACCAAGAAGUGGCAGAGAGAGUUUUGGAAUUUGACAUUGGCUGGCUGGCAGAGCCCAUUUUUGGUUCUGGAGAUUAUCCACAUGUGAUGAGGGAUUGGUUGAACCAAAGAAAUAAUAUUCUUCUACCUUAUUUCACUGAAGAAGAAAAGCAACUAAUCCAGGGUUCCUUUGACUUUUUAGCUGUAACCCAUUAUACCACUAUCCUUGUAGACUGGGAAAAAGAAGAUCCAAUAAAAUACAACAAUUACCUAGAAGUGCAAGAAAUGACGGACAUCACGUGGCUCAACUCGCCCAGUCAGGUGGCAGUAGUCCCCUGGGGCCUGCGCAAGGUGCUGAAAUGGCUCAAGUUCAAGUACGGAGACCUCCCCAUGUUCAUCAUGGCCAAUGGCGUCGAUGACGAUCCCCUUGUGGAUGAGCAGGACAAGCUGAGGGUAUAUUACCUACUGAAUUACAUAAAUGAAGCCCUGAAAGCCUACAUAUUGGAUGGUAUCAAUCUUUGUGGAUACUUUGCUUAUUCAUUCAGUGAUCGCUCCGCUCCAAACUUUGGCUUCUAUCAUUAUCUGGCAAAUCAGUUUGAGCCCAAACCAUCUAUGAAACAUUACAGGAAACUAAUUGACAACAAUGGUUUCCUGGGCUCCAAAAGAAUGGGAAAGUUUUGUCCAGAAGAAUACACAGAGUGUGCUGAAUGUGGCUUUUUUCAUACCCGGAAGUCAUUAUUAGCUUUCCUUGCUUUUCUGUUUCUUGCUUUUAUUGUUUCUCUUUCUCUUAUUUUUCACUAUAACAAGAAAGGAAGGAGAAGUUACAAAUAACAAGAACAUUUUCCUAGCCAUUUGUUUGGAAAUAAUUAUGCACACAUCAGCUGUCAGCUGUUUGCACUGCUCAGUGUUAGAACACUAAAUUUCAUAUAGCUGGAUUCUAGAAAAUGCAUUUGUAGCGCAUGCCAGAGGUUUAAAUGGGUGUAGGGACUGUAGAAUAUCCAGUAAGGUGAAUAGUGUCUGGCUUCAUU